GUACUGUCAAAUCCUCGGGCUACCUAUCAUGCACCUACUGGUGAAGGAUUUCGGCCCCCCGAAACUGCUGCGCAUCAUCGACAAAACGUUGUUCGCAUCGUUUUAGAUGCUUUACAGGAAGCUGGAAUCAUUGAUCCACACAAAGAAAUUGAUGGAAUCGCUUAUACGAAAGGGCCAGGAAUGGGCGCUCCACUACAAGUUGGUGCUGUCGUGGCGCGUACUUUAUCGCAUUUAUGGUCACUCCCACUUUACCCGGUGAACCAUUGCGUUGGCCACAUCGAAAUGGGACGUCUUAUUACGAAAGCCGAAAAUCCGGUUGUGCUUUACGUCAGUGGAGGUAACACACAGGUAAUUUGUUAUUCUAAUCGUCGAUAUCGAAUAUUUGGUGAGACGCUGGAUAUUGCUGUUGGAAACUGCCUGGAUAGAUUUGCUCGAUUAUUAGGACUGCCAAAUGAUCCAUUUCCUGCAUACAAUCUCGAACAACUUGCUCUGGAGGGCAAGAAGCUUAUCGCUUUGCCAUAUACGGUGAAGGGUAUGGAUAUAUCACUCUCCGGCAUACUUUCGUACAUUGAACAUAAAGGCCUGCAGCUGAUUCAAGAAGGGAAAUGCACGAAAGCAGAUCUCUGCUUCUCUCUGCAGGAGACCGUAUUUGCAAUGUUGACUGAAAUCACGGAGAGGGCAAUGGCGCAUUGCGAGAGCAAGGAAGUUUUGAUCGUCGGUGGUGUUGGUUCCAAUAAGCGACUUCAGUCGAUGAUGUCAAUUAUGGCUCACGAGCGGGACGCAAAAUUGUUUGCAACGGAUGAACGGUUUUGUAUCGACAACGGUGCGAUGAUUGCUCUUGUCGGCUGCCAUAUGGCCCAGGCGAAAAUGGUCAUUCCCAUGGAACAGUGCACUACCACGCAGCGCUUUCGCACUGACCAAGUGCAAGUAGUUUGGAGAGAAUAG